AUGGCCACCCUACCAAGGCCUACCGCCCAAGGCGAGGCAAACAUGUCGGAUGUGUGGGAGAAAUUGAAGCUCGUUCUCCUCAAGAUCUGGGGUCAGACGAGCCGCCGAAUGAGGGUCACUGGUGCCUUCGUCCUCUUUCUUGGCGUCUCGGUAUGGCUCUCUCUGCCCACGAUCAAGACAAUGACUGUACCGCAAAUAUCUCUCGAAUACCCGCACUCGCCUUACAAUCACUCCAAAGUUGCCCUCCUCGUCGAGAACCGAGCCAACCCCAUUCUCGCGCCCUUGAUGCUGCACUUCAUCUCCGUAGUGCCCCCUGAUUGGCGCUUCCGCUUCAUGGGUUCCAUCGAAUCCGUCAAGUUCAUCAACCAGUCCGUCGCAAUUCGCGAACAAGUCGCCGCCGGUAAACUGGACCUAACCUACAUCCCUUCCAACAUGAGCACGGCUGGCCAAGAGAUGAUUAGUCGCUUCUUGACGAACCUCUGGCUUUAUGAGACGGUCCUGCAACCUGCCGAGUGGCUCCUCGUCUUCCAGACCGACAGCAUCCUCUGCGCCAAUAGCAAGCAGAACAUCAAUGACUACCUCGAAUAUGACUGGAUCGGUGCCCCCUGGAACCCUGGCGGUCGCUGGGGAGGCAACGGUGGCUUGUCUAUCCGUCGUGUCAGCGCCAUGAUCGACAUUCUGAGGCACCAGAAGCGCGUUGAUGGAUCCGAGCCCGAGGACGUCUGGCUCGCCGAGCGACUUGCUCACCGGCCGGGAAGCAAGGUAGCCAACGGUACCGUGUCGUUGACUUUUAGUGGCGAGAUGCACUCGGGCGAAGGCGCCAAGAUCAACAAGGGAGGGGAAAAUGCGACACUCGAGGCAGCCGCCAAGGGAGAACUUGUCACAGGUAUUGACGACCACCGCGAGGGCUUUUACGAGCCCAUGGGCUACCACACUGGUGGCAGUGGAAUCUGGCUCCACGGCCCCAUCUGGGGUACUCCGGCAAUGCGCAAACAUAUCUGGGAGUAUUGUCCGGAAGUCAAGAUUACACUGGCCAUGGAUGCAGCCAAGUAUGUGCCUGGUAGUUGCAAUGCAAACUGGAAGAGGGGUCUUGAGAGCACAGAGAGCGAGGCUGGGGCAGAAAUCGACAGCGAAGUGGAAGCUGAUGAAGACGAGGCUGAUUCACAAUACCCUUUUGGAACUGAGGUCAUUGAGGGGAGAGAGUACCCAAAAUUGCCACCCAGUCUGAUGGCGUGGUGA